AUGCUUCUUCAGCCACAACAGGCCCCCACUCUAGAGGCUACUUCUACUCAGGCCUUGAGCGAGAGCCUCGCCCCAGCCUCUACUUCCAGAGAGACCCCAGCUCAAGUUCUGGACGAGGUUCUCAACUUGGUGCCUCCUCCCCAGACUUCUACUUCCGACAGGACUCCUCCUCAGGCUCCAGACAAGGGUAUCACAGUGGCGUCUUCUCCCCUGAUCCCUCCCCCUCCUCCGGUGUCAGAAGGGCCACUGGUCCAAGGAGUGCCCCUCCAGGGUGCCCCCAGAGGAAGCCACCAGGACCUUGCCCAAGAUGUGACUAGGAGGGACAUUGGAGGAAGGAUUAUCCCCGAGGGUGGAGAAGUGGUGGAGCCGCCCCCCAGUACCCGAUCUUCCAGCCCUCACAAGGGCUUGGGGGACAGUGACAGCUAUCAGAAAGUGGCACAGGCCAGGAAGAGAGGGCGUGAGGAGGAGUGGGAGGACGAGGACGAGGAUGAGGAGGACGUCCAGCUCUCCCUGGAGGCUCUGAGGGUUCUGGACAGAUUAAAGACAGACUGCCCCUUCCUUGAGGGUCUGUCUAUUACUGGACCGAGGAUAAUAAAACAGUUCCUGUGACCCUCAAUUUACCAUUUGCUUAUUCUGGAAUGGUUAUUUGCAAGACUGUAUCCUUCCAUUGGGGAUUCAUUUGCAACUGUGCUGGGCUCUGGAGCUAAAGAGAAAAUAACAGAGAUGACCAGAAUUGGCCAUGAACUGAUGUGUGGGCCAGAUGAUCAGGAUCCCAUUAAGGGCUCUACUGGUGUAAAGGAACAGCUUUAUUUCUUUAACUGGUUAUUGGAUCUGUUCACAAGUCUGGGUCCUGAAUGUGCCACUAGUUUCUGCAGUGUGGAGAAGAACUUUUGCAAAUUAGUGAAGGACAAUGAGAUGGUGCUGAAGAAUGUCUACAUUUCCCACGUCCACAAGGAGAUCCUAGAUCCCAAGUUGAGUCCCUUUCCUCUGGACAUAGAACCCUCUCAUGGGAUAAAGGAAAACCUGCGUAGAAUGCUGCUGGAGGCAAAGAAGGCGAAGGUGGAAGAGCUUUCUGAAAAACUGAUUAAGCUCAUUGAAGGGCUGCAGGCACAUAAAGAAGAGGUCCUCAGUUCUCAGGACAGUGUCAACAGACUGUUUUUGCUGAAUCCCACAGGGUGCCCGGUUCAGUGUUCUCCCCACCAUGGGAAAAUCUGCAGCCAAUGUAGUGGCACCUUGGGCUUGACUCUCUUAGAUUUCCAUCAACUGGUGAUUGCUUUUAUACACAUUUUUGAGGAUGAACUUCAUGAGCACUUUGACCACCCUGACCCCAACAUCAACUCAUGUGGUCCAUUCUUUCAGUCUGUACAUGAGACUCUGACCCUCUGCAACCAGGAGCUGAAAGCUAUCAAAGAAGUCACAGAUGCCUCUGUGAAUGUGGAGGAUAUAGCAGAGCUGCCACGGGGGAAAGCCUACUUGGGUGAAGGCAACUACAUGGUGACCUUGGUUGAAAAAUUGAAAGAGUUAAAAUGGAAAUAUGAGCUCUUCGAAGACAGUCCUUGGACACCUGUUGAACAUAGGGGCAAAAGCUGA